AUGGAGUCUGUGGAGACUCUGCAGGCAGCAGUGGAGCAACUUCUGGAGGGCUGCCGCGUGGUGACCUCCCAGCACGAAGAUGCCUUGACCAGCACGCUGCGGGACCUCUCUGUACAGGCCAGCACCUCAGAUGUGCUCUCCGCAUGCCAGCGGCUGGGCAUGAGGCCCGGGCAGGUCUCACGGAGGCUGCUCAUGACGGAAGGCCCGCCCUUUGCAGAGAGCCACGAGCCCGUGCUGAACUUUUUGAUUGUUUCUGGCAGCCUGCUGGUGCUGGCGGUGAUUUGGGAAUGCGUGGUGCUGCGCAGCAGCUUGGGCUGCUGUCGCUCGAGAGAAGGCAUCAGCCUGGCGCAGAUCAUCGAGCAGAUCAAGGACUUGGGUGGUCGCUUGGCGAAUUUCCUGCUGAACAAAAGCACUCCCAGGCCACAUGAUGAGACCUCAGACGAGGAUGCCGAUGAUGCCGAUGCCGACAACCAAAUGUCUGAGGCGCAGGUCGAGGACUUUUGGAAGAAAUUGGGCGACGAUGCCGCGAACCAGGAAGCGCAGUGCCCCGAGAACGCGGCCGCCGAGGUGGGCUUUUCGCACCUCAACUUCAUAGGGAAGGCCUCGGAAGGCAAGGCGGUGCUGGAGUUGUACCGCUCGGGGGAUGUGAGCGGCGAGCUCAUGGUGAAGCUCCAGCCCCAUCGCUCCAGCUUCCAGGACUCCGAUGAGGUGGCUGUCAUCGGCAAGGACUAUGAGUUCAAAGAGACGCUGGUUUGCUUUCCACCUUACGAGACCACGGCAGAGGUUGUGAUCCCCUUGAAGCAGCCAGGCAAGCAUACCUCCACUGAGUAUUUCGAGGUCGAGCUCAUAGAAGUGGUCAAGGGCGCGGCAAAGAUCGGUGGACCCACCUUGGGCCUCGAGAAGGACACCCAAGGGAGCAAGGUGAGGGUGCAUAUCUUCUAUGACCACGCCUUCCCUUACAACAUCCCAGUUGAGAGGCAGCAGUCGAAGUUCUGGGUCGUGUGGUACUAUUUGCAGGAGCGCCGCGUCUCCCGCGGCCUGAAAUGGUGGAAGACGCUUCUGGGGCUUCUGUAUGACCCAAUUCACACCGUUUGCGUGACCGCAAUGAUCCAGAAGAUCGUGCUGGACACCAUCUCUGAUCCCAGCAUCGAGGGCAACAAACCCUGGGAGCUUGCGAUGUUAGGCUUCGCGCAGUUCGCCUCUGCGGGGCUGCUGAGGGCGGGGGACAAGUUGGCCACGGAGAACCGGGGCCGAACCGGGGGCACUCGCAUGGUGCACCGGCGCCAGCUCUUUGCCAAGCUGUUGAUGCUCAGUGCCGAGGAGAUGGCCAAAGUGGAGGGCCACUGGUGGUUCUACGUGGGAGUGAACAACGUGGAUUUGAUGGCCAAAGAUCUCUACUAUCAAGGCUUCGUGGUGUUGCAGAGCGGGUUCGGCCUGCUCCUGUCCAUCGUGAUGCAAUUCUACGUGCAACUGAGCAAAUCCGAUGGGACAACUACAGUUGGUGAAUAUCUGGGCCGGCACGCAGUUCCUGGCAUCUUCAUGAUUUGCAUGGUGAUGCUAUGUUCGGUCCUUAUUUGCCGCUUCAGCAAGCUGAGCAGCUAUCUGAAGAACCGCAUGGCAGGGGAGGCGGCCUGGGUCGAUAGCUUCUCCUGGCUUUGCCACGCCGGGGUGCCGCUGGAGAGUCUUGCCUCCCGCUCCCGCGCUAGGGUGGAUGUGCGCUUUGCCCACGAGUGCAAGUAUUUCACCUCGAUCCACGUGAAGACGCGGGACUACAGCAACGACACGCUCUGGUAUGUCAAGUGGUUGGUGAACUUGUCCUACGUCAUCGUGCUGGUCCUGGGCGCGAAAGCGCUGCUGGAGAGCCGUGAGCAGGGCUUGUCGAUCUUCCAGUCCGGUGACUUCGUGUUCCAGCUGAAGGUAUUCUCAAGCUUUGGCAAGUACCUGGUGAAGAUCAAUGCUUCUGUCAUCAAGAUCUUCUCUGCUAGCGUGGGCCUGAAGCAGUUUAUUGACUUGGUGAACUGGCCUGAGAAGACCUUGCUGCAGUCCAAGAAGAACCUUCAUGACGUAUCGCACAAGAUCGUGUUCGAGACCGACGGGAAUUUCCGUUCGACGAACCCAGAGCUGCUUGCCCGCAGCAACUCGAGGACAAUCGCGAGUGCGCUGGAGAUACCGCUGGGGCGCGUGGUUCGUGUCAGCUGCAAAAGGGAGCGAGUGCUGGCGAACUUCCUGUGCCAGGUCUCGGAGCUGAAGGUGCCAAAGAGAGGCUGCAUCCAUCGGCCCAAGGGGAUCCAAAUCGCCUACGUACCUGCUGUUGCUCUACAUACUCCGCACGCCACGGUGUUGGAGGAGCUGCAGGGUGGUUGCCCGAAGGCGGUGGCAGUGCAGCUGGCGCAGCUGUUCCAGCUCAAUCCCAAGAGGAGGAUGCUUGACCUCCAGGCAGGGCAAGGGCAGAUGGUGGCGCUGCUGCUGGCCAUGUUUCGCAAUCCUGACGUUUUGGUACUGGACAGGCCCUGCGCCUUCUUGACACCAGGGCAGCAAGGGAGACUGGCGGUGCUUCUGGCAUUAUGGCAGGGAGGCGGUGCAGAAAUGCUACUCCAUUGCCUCACUGGCCAGAAGCGGUGCUUCCGUCGGGAGCACACGUUAAUCGUCACCUCGCAGGACAUGCCGAAAGACGUCUUUACCAUGGCAACGGUUGACUUGGAUUUGGACAAUCUGACGCACGCGCUGAUCGAAUCGGGAGCCGACAGUCUGGAAGCAAAAGAGUCGCUGUGA